GAUACUACGAGUAUUUUUUUAAGGUCAAUGGUGUUGAAAUCAAGUUAUCAAUCGUUUUAGCGUAUAUUAUUUACAAUAUUCAAGAUUAUCAUCGUCUGUUAGAUGAACAAGAAUAGAAUGAGUACUCGUAGAGCUCAUUCACCUCGAACAAAAGAUGCUAUUUACUGGCGCUAUCAUUGGAAAAACUCUGAUCCUGUUAUGAUAGCUAGAAGAAUCGGUACAAUAAAUUGGGUUCUUUUGCGUGAUAAGAUAAAUGAAAUGAAUGAUAGACAUGAGAAAGAAGCUAACCCACACACCAUACGUGCUCAGAUUAUUGCAUCCCAGUUACAAAAUAUGUCAAGAGAAACAACAAUAACUCAUACAAAACAUGAAGAUGGCUUUGAAAAAUAUACAAAGGAAAUGAGUAUUGAGUCUACUGAUCAUAAAGGUGGUCCAUACACCAAAGGAAUGACACCAGAAGAACGGAAACAGUUUUUCAGAACAAAAUUAAAUCAGAAAGCUCGUGAAGGUUUUCGAUUUUGGGUAACCGAACGGCCUAAACCAACAAAAUUUGGCCAUUACUCAAUGGGAGCCAAAUAUACUUUCCUCGGAUUAUGCAAUGCCCCGAGAAGUUGAAUAUUUCAUUGUAUUGUACUGUUUGUUUCCAAUAAAAUACACUCAAUUCCUUUUUAGUAAAAUGUGCUAUGUUAAAUAAACAACUAC